CAUUCAAGACCCGAAUCAGAACGAGAAAAUGAACGACUUGUUAACGAGUUUCUUCUUCAAGGAGAAACAGCAACAACUGCAACAACAGCAACAACAAAAGGAGCACGUGAUCGAAAUGGAAGAGGGUGGCAUGAACCUAUUGGACAAGUUCUUGGAAGAAGUGGAAUCGGUGAAGGAGGAGUUGAAGGAGCUGGAACACCUUCAUCUAAGUCUUCGUGCUUCCAACCAGCAUGGCAAGACCCUUCACAGCCCCAAAGCAGUUAAGGAUCUUCGUUCUCGCAUGGACCUUGACGUCGCUCUCUCUCUCACCAAAGCUAAGCUUGUCAAGGCUCGUUUGGAGGCUCUCGACCGGUCCAACCAAACCACCCGCUCCUUGCCCGAUUGUGGACCCGGUUCGUAUUCGGACCGGACCCGAACCGCUUUGGUUAGUGGGUUGAGGAAGAACUUGAAAGACUCGAUGGAGAGUUUCAACAACCUAAGGGAGCAGAUAUCUUACGAGUAUAGAGACACCGUACAACGUAGAUACUAUGCCGUUACUGGCGAGAAUCCUGAUGACAAAACCAUUGACCUUCUCAUCUCUACCGGUGAGAGUGAAACUUUCUUAAAGAAAGCUAUCCAACAGCAAGGAAAAGCCACCAUCAUGACCACCAUCCAAGAGAUUCAGGAGAGGCAUGGGACGGUCAAAGAGAUAGAGAGAAGCCUAAACGAGCUGCACCAAGUGUUCUUGGACAUGGCACUGCUGGUCCAAACGCAGGGUGAACAAUUGGAUGACAUAGAGAGCCACGUGGCACUAGCCAAUUCGUCGGUGAGUAAAGGGGUGCAGCAGUUGCAGGUUGUUAGGAAUCAACAGAAGAACACUCGUCAAUGGACCUGUUUUGCCAUACUUCUACUGAUUAUCAUAUUAGUUAUUGCUCUCCCUGUUGUUUUCAGAAACUGA